AUGAGUGUUAAACCGCCCGAUUGGUCAACCGAUAUAAGUAAGAAAGGAGAGUUCGUCCGUACACCGUCUAAGUUCCGAAACCAAGUGACAGCUGAUGGUUCCAGCGGAUUUUUAGCCGAAGCUGAUCGAUAUCACCUGUACGUUUCACUCGCGUGCCCUUGGGCACACCGCACUCUCAUAACACGAAAGCUUAAAGGCCUAGAGAACGCCAUAUCUUACACUGUUGUGGAUUGGUUUCUUGGCACUGAAGGAUGGACAUUUACAGACAGCAAGCCCAAAUGUUCACUGGAUACAGUCAAUGGAUGCCGAACCCUAAGAGAAGUUUACAACCUUUCCAACCCUGAGUAUUCGGGAAAAGUUACUGUGCCCGUGUUGUGGGACAAGAAGAAGAAAACUCUCGUAAACAAUGAAUCUAGUGAGAUCAUCCGCAUGUUUACUAAAGAGUUUAACGCGUUCUGUGCCACUGAAGAGCAGAAAAAUUUAGAUCUGUAUCCAGAUCAUUUGAGUGAGAAGAUUGAAGAGCUCAACGGAUGGAUUUAUCCGUAAGUACGAUUACGUAACAAAGACCACUAAGAUGACCCCCAGGAAUGGACCAUUUAGAAAAGUGAUGGGGGUGGGGUUGGUGAGGUUGGGCAAAAUUUAUCAGUACAUUUGUCAAGUGAAAAAAACACACAUGUUCAGUCACUGUUGCAAAAACAAUGCUACCAAAGUGAAAAAAAAAAAAAAAAGAUUUCCUCGUCAGGUGUGCAAAACAAAAUUCUGGAACCCCCAAAUAACCUCACCCCCUCCCCUGGCUUGCCAGGCUAGUCCUGACAAAAUAUUCACUGAAAUCUCUUGCAAAAUCUUGUUGAAAAAUCCAGGUUUUGUGGUGGUUAGGCCUAUAGUUGUCAGUAGAAGAAGUAUUGUAAGGAAAACUUUGUUGUUGUUGUUGUUUUUACAUCUGCAGAAAUAUCAACAAUGGUGUUUACCGUGCAGGAUUUGCCACAUCACAGGAAGCAUAUGAUGUUGCAGUGAAAGAUGUAUUCAAUGCCCUUGAUAAGGUGAAAAAAAUAUAUACUUCUUAAAUGGGAAGCCUACAUUGUGAACAGUCUCUUCCAGUCUCUAAAUCCUUGGUUUUCAGUUCAUAUAAUCUGAAACAGCUUGCAGCAGUCUUUGACACAGUUGAAGGCUGUUUGCUUUGAACACAUACACUCAACAGACAAAUAAUACUCCCAUUUAGUUUAUCCUGGAAGAGGGUAUGGGAAUCAGAUGAUUACGGUGUAUAAUAGACUAUCAUUUAUGGACAGUCAGUCAAUAUUAUGAAGACUGGAGUUUCUAGUUUCCAUAAAGUGCUACAUUUGUAGUUUGGGAUAGGAACAGGAGUUUUGGUGCAUGGUGGUUGAUAUUGAACAUGGUCUGGUACAGGUCAAUGGUUUCACUAUCCCAGUGGCACAUCCCUACCCCCAAAUUCCUAGUCUUCCCCCACCCCACUGCAGUCACCGGUAGCAAUGUUUCCUGUCACAUUUAUAAACUAUUAUGUGCCGAAGCUGUUAUACAGUGGAGGCUCUCCCAACGGACACUGUCAUAAGCGGACAGCUCUUCUUAAGGCUGCCUUCUCAAAACCCUGUUUUUCUCGACUCCCAUACACACACUUUUUUUUUUCAUUCCUGUAAGUGGCCAGCUCCAGUUACACCUUUUUUGCAUCCCAAGGGUGUCUGCUUACAAGAGCUUCCACUGUACUUUCCUUGAAGAUUAUUGUUUCCUUUCUUUUCACCACUCUUACAAAGUCUUGAGAUUGUAUUGGAGUAUUAAAUAUAAAAUUAAACCCCAACUGAAGUCACUUUUACAUGAAUCUGCUGGCUUUAUUUUUAGCAUCAAAUAACAAACACAUUACUGGUGGUAUUCUUCCUAUUCACUUCCUAUUUUUGUAAUCAUUGAUUGAUUUUUAAUUUCAUUGUUCUUUCUGUAGGUAGAAGAUACCCUGAGUAAAUCUCGUUAUCUUACUGGUAACACCAUCACAGAGGCUGAUGUUCGUCUCUUCACCACACUUGUCAGAUUUGAUAUGGUUUAUGUUGGGCACUUCAAGGUAUGAAUCUCACAAUGUUUUUUAGGUUAAAUCAUUUGCUCUUCGAGCAUUUGUGAUUAAGCUGUUUUUUGGUCACCGUCCAGCCAAAAUGAAGCAAAGCUACCUCACAGCGUAAACUUUGUUGCAAGGUGAGCCAAUUUAUGCUGGCUUUUUUGUGCUUAUGCCUAAUUAUUAAACUUUCUUAUUACACUUUAUUAUAUGGCAAUAAUAGUGGCUAUUAACUAGUGAUGGCUUUUAACAUCAUCACACGGCUUUUUAACUGUUUGUCUCAUUGAUUUUACUCAAUAGUGUAAUAAGAAGCGUAUCAUUGAUUAUCCCAACAUCUGGGGAUAUCUUCGAGAUCUGUAUCAAACAAGUGGAAUUGGAGAAACUGUUGAUGCUGAACACAUUCAAAAACAUUAUCAGGUGAGGUGCUUGACAGUUGAAUCAGAGUUUUGA